AUGGUCAUGAUGCUGAAUGCUGCUGAGAAGUCUAAUAGAACCAAGAGAGUCAUACUCCCCUCACGUCCUGACAAAGAUCAUCUGGUGACUGAUCAGUCUGUUAAAGCAUUUUCUGAACAUUGUCCUGAGUUACAGUAUGUUGGGUUUAUGGGCUGUUCUGUUACAUCGAAAGGAGUGAUACAUCUUACUAAUCUAAGAAACCUUUCCAGCUUGGACUUACGUCAUAUCACAGAACUGGAUAAUGAAACUGUGAUGGAGAUAGUAAAGAAAUGCAAAAACCUUACCUCUCUCAAUCUGUGUCUGAACUGGAUUAUAAAUGACAGAUGUGUGGAGGUCAUUGCUAAAGAAGGACAGAAUUUGAAAGAACUAUAUUUGGUAUCAUGUAAGAUCACAGAUUAUGCACUGAUAGCCAUUGGAAGAUACAGUAUGACAAUAGAGACAGUUGAUGUGGGGUGGUGCAAAGAAAUCACAGAUCAGGGAGCCACCCAGAUUGCUCAGACUAGUAAAUCACUCAGAUACUUGGGACUGAUGAGAUGUGAUAAGGUGAAUGAAGUGACUGUGGAACAACUGGUACAGCAGCACCCACAUGUCACCUUCAGUACAGUGCUACAAGAUUGCAAGCGGACCUUGGAACGGGCAUACCAGAUGGGUUGGACACCCAGUAUGUCCAGUGCCUCUUAACUCAUGCUAUGACAUUAAAAAAAAAAGAUUUAGACUGAACAAUUGAAAAUGGUUAAGGAUUUUUAAUUAAUAUUUCUUGCUUUUUAUUAAAUAUAUGUUCAGUGUAUGUGUAUGCGAGAGAGAAAGAGAGGCUGUAGGGAGAGAGAAAGAAUGAGUGUGUGGAAAAUGUCCAUUCUGUUAAUGGAAAUAUUUGAAGAAGAAAUAUGGUCAGAUAUAUUUAAUUUUUCGGAAAUGUUUAUUUGUCAAUUUAAAAUUUGCAAAUCGGUAAGAUUUUGCAGAGAGUUUGCUCUUUCCUUGUAAAUUGAAUGUUUACAUAAACUAGAAUACUGUUUGGAUGUUUUUUCAAGGUAUAUGUUCAUGAUAGAAACAACUCUUUAGAGAUGCAUUAUAAAAAAUUUUUGUUCAUUGUUUAAAAGCUUUUGGCUAACUUCUGAAGUGGGUUUCUUCUAGCUCUAAGGAUAUUUUCAGCAAUGUAAUAUGUUGUUAUGCUUUUUUUUGUUUCAUGGUAUUUCUUUAUUAUUAGCAGUCCAUACUUCUUUUGAAAUUGUAACUGUGGCAACUCCUUUCCUGAACUCCCCUUAAAUUAGAAGUAAUUUAAAGGUAAUCUUAAAUCAGAUUAUCAAAAUUGUUGCUAACCUUUUGUGUGUUUUUGAAAUGCACAAUUAUGAAAAUCUACAAAGGUACAAAAUAUAACAUUUUGAUGACAAAGUUUAUUUUGAAUGGAAUCUUUAAUAAAUGCUGGACAUAAGCAUAAUGGAUAUUUAAGCAGACUAUCUGGCUGGUCUCUAUUAGUUCUGUCAAAAUAUGAUUUUCUUAGUUGCUUGUGAAUGUAUUAUACUUAAGUAGAUAUUCCUUGAUUACAUUUCCACAUCUUUACAUUUUCAGUUUUGUAGUCUGUAAUCUAAUCAUUUUAAUUUUCAGCACUUUUCAUUAAUUAGAUCCAUGAAAAGUAGUGUACCUAAGAAAUCAUUAUUUCUCAGUGUGUAAAGAAGCCUCAAACUUGCAUUUCUUAUAUGCUUCUACAGCAUCUCAAGGGAGAAAAGGAGAAACAUCUGCUUCCACUUAUAAUAAACCAUGACUUCCUGUUAUAUCUGAAUCUGCAGGAAUUGUAGUUAAUUGAAAGUAUGGUUAAUUCAGACAAAUCAGAAUCAAACUAUAGUAUCUGUUUCUGGCCUUUUUCUUUAAAUAGAGUUUAAACAAAGAUGUUUGGAGAUAUAUUUCUCCAAAAAUGUUGUAGCUUAUUUCAGACUGGAAAUGAAUUGCUUUGCUCUCUUUCUGAUGCCCAACUGCUCUGUGACGUUUAUCUGAAGUUCAUCAUGCACUUUAGCUCAUGCAUGAGGAACAUUUUUAUAAAGCAUCGUCUCAUCCAUGCCAAUGUAAUAAGUUUUUCAGAAUCCAUGGAAGCUGCAGUAGGAAGUAUCCAUAAUUCUUUGGAUUUGAGUGAAAAUGUUUGCAUGUGUAUGAUGUGUUAACAACUUAUCAAAACAAAUUAGGCCAUGCUCAUAAAUUUCUCUCUGCUGUCAUUCACUCAGAUUUACAACUAUAGUGAGAAGUCAUAAUGAGAUAUGUACUUAAUAAUCUCAGCUGGAAUCUCAAGAACUUUAAAAAUGGCUGCUCACUCACAGCAUAUAAAGCCACUUGCUCAUCAUAAUCUUUGUAUGAUGCAUUCAUGCUCACCACAAAGCACCCUACUGAUGUAAAUCAUCCCUUAGCAAGAAGUUAUAUUAUCCUGCCAUGUUAUAUAAUCCUAGGAAUAAAUUUUAUGGAACUCAACUUGCCCAGGUUUGUAUAGAAUGACAUUGUUAUUCUUCCUUCAACAUAGAAUAUCAAAUGUUGCAUUAAAGCAAAAAGAUUUAACACUAAAUCUAAAGUAACACUAAACCAAUUAAAGACUUGGUACUGACUGUUGUAAAACCUUUUUUGAUGAGAAACUUUUACCUAGAAUCAGAGUUUUAUUUUACUGAGGGACAUUUGCUAAGGAGACAAAUGCUUCCCUAUAGUUUAUAAUUAUCCUGUAUCAUUUUCAUAUUUAUAUCCCAUCUGAUAAUAUUGACAUUCAUUUAUUAUUAUGUGAAUUGUUCUGACUCCCAAAAUUGAUAAAUUGAAUAUAUGCAGAAAA